GACAUAUAUCGGCGGUUCGGCGUGUCAUUGUACAUGCUCUAAAACGUUCCAGUAAAGCCAUAUAUAGGCACUUAUGUAUCUUAUGUGUAUUUUGGUUUUCAGUCAAAUGGCCCAGCCGGAGCCGCUCUGACCGAUUCAAUCGUGAAUGAAUUGUUCAAACUGUGAACUGGGUUCAGGAAUCGGACAUCGCUAUAGAACAUUUAGUAGAACAUUUCGCGAACGGUGCUUUAUUUUGCAUGAGAUGACUGUUAGAGUAGAGUCGAAUUUGGAGUAGAAUUGUCUAGAACAGAAUUGCAUAUCAAACCGGCAGUUUUUGUUGGGAGGGACGUUUCUCAUCAUGGCUGAGCAUUUAUCCCAGAGUGAACUGGACUAUCCUUUUAAGCUUUUGGAAUAUUUCAAUGGAUUCAGGAUCUCCAAGGCAAUAUUUUCAGCUUGUGAGUUAGGGGUGUUUGACCUCCUCCUCCAGUCCCAAAAGCCCAUGAGCGCAGUUGAAGUGGCGCAGAAGCUUGGCACCAGUGAAGAUGGUAUAGAGCGUUUACUGGAUGUUUUGGUUGCCAUUGAGAUUGUGGAUGUGGAAGUGGUACAGGGAACAGCUUUUUACAGCAGUACAGAUGUUGCUAAUCUAUACCUGGCCAAGACCAGCCCCAAAUCUCUACAUGAUUUGAUCAUUUAUAACUCUCAGACCAUCUACCCACUCUGGAACAAUCUGGUAGAUGCUGUUAGGGAAGGAAAGAACCAGAAUGAGAAAACUUUUGGCCUCCCAUCUGAAGAGAUCUUUUCUGCCAUAUACAGGUCAGAAGAGGAGAUGCUGAAGUUCAUGGGUCUGAUGAACUCUACAUGGGUCAUUGAUGGUCAUGACAUAGUGACAGCAUUUGAUCUUUCUAGCUUCAAGACCGUCAUAGAUCUGGGAGGCUGCUCUGGUGCAUUAGCGCGAGAGCUGGCUAAAGAGUAUCCUUCCUCCACUGUCACGGUUCUGGAUCUCCCGGCUGUGGUCCAGACUGCUCAGCGGCAUUUCGCCCAGCAAGAUGACACCAUCUGUUUUCAAGAGGGGGAUUUUUUUGAAGGAGAAAUCCCUCCUGCAGAUUUAUACAUUCUGGCCCGGAUCAUUCAUGACUGGAAGGAGGACAAAAAUCUCAAACUACUGAAGAAGAUUCAUACAGCAUGUCAUCCAGGUGGAGGCGUUCUGAUCGCAGAGGCACUGUUAUUUGAGAACCGCCGGGGUCCGACUAUGGUUCAGAUGUUUUCUCUGAACAUGCUGGUCCAGACAGAAGGGAAGGAGCAUCCACCCUCUCAUUAUACACGUCUACUCACUGACGCAGGAUUCAGAGACGUGCAAGUCUGUCGGACCGGAAAAUCAUACGAUGCUAUUUUGGCUCUCAAAUGAAAAUGCACAAGUGUAUUGUAAGCGUCGUCAGUAAUCAGACCCCUUCUGCCUUAUCUGCAGACACAUCAGUGAUCAUGUUCAUGCACAUGUCAGGCAUCUGUUGUUCCACCUUGGCUUGUUUUGUAAAGUUUUUUUCCAACACAGAGUGAGCACAGAGUGAUCCUUAUGAUUCCUUCAAAAGACAGUUUGAGUACCAAUUAGGUUUAGUUAUUUGUGAACUUGACUCCCGAGGCCUACCAGAUGUAGUCUGAGAAGGGGUGGGAUGAGGAGCUGUUUUGGAUUGGCCAGUGAUGUGUCAAAAUAAGCUCCUCCCUCUAUCCCGUCUUGUGUAUCUAUGCAGUAUGCACUGUGGUGUUGACACAUGGUUAAGUGUGACCCCUAGUGGU